CUGGUGGAACGUUCCAGAAUGCCGUCAUAUGUUGCGUCAGCCAGAGCCAACAUGGCGGACGAGAAAAACACAAACAUGAAAUCCGACAAGAGUAAAGCUUGUUUUAAUAGGUUUAAACAACUCGUAGAUGGCGUUAUGGAGGAAAAAGACCAACACGACGACGUACCUGAAAGCUGCACCACCGCGGAGUACUGCGACAAGUUACAGGCGUGGAUGUGCCACUACUACACGGGCUAUGUGACAUGGCAGAGCUGGCUGGCGGCAUCAGCCAUGUCCUAUCCCUGUGUCUUACAGUCCGUUAGCGGGACGUCGACGGCGCAUCUCGAUUCUGCUUAUCAGAGUUUGUUCACCGGUCCGCUCGGCUUUCCGUUGUCGGCCCCUGGACCUGCCUCCGCUUCCCCGGGCAGCCGCGCAGGUGACGCCGCAAGCGGGGCUGCAGUGCCGACUCAGCCCCGGCAGCUCCAGCAGGAGAAUGGAAAUGCACGGAGGCCAGCAGGUCAAGAGUAUACUAUCCCGUCACCUCUACAAAGACUUCUGGCUGAAAUUGUGGACUUCCUCAUAUUGUUUGUCAUAAAAGCAAGCAUAAUCAUCAGUGUUAUGCAUAUGACUGGAAUCAAGGACGUGUCCAAGUUUGCCUUGCAUUUUAUCGUGGAUGAAAUAGACGAGGAAACGUCAAUGGAGAAAUUGAUGCUGGUUGCUCUGUUGUACCCGAUAUUAGUGUGUUUUUAUGAGAUUGUGUGUAUUUGGGGACCAGGAGGAGCCACUCCAGGAAAGUUCAUUAUUGGACUCCGAGUUGUGACGUGCGACUCAUCAGUUCUGGUUCAGCCCAACCGGGUCCUUGUAGUGCCGGCGACUAAUGUCUCUUUCUCGGCGUCAACUGUCCGAGCCUUGAGCAAGAACUUUUCAAUCGCGUUCUUCUUCCCAGCUUUCAUCACGCAGCUUUUCUUCCAGCACAACAGGACUGUGUACGACAUGGUCGCUGGCACCAUUGUCGUCAAGCGCUCCAGGGUCAGAUGACCCCGACGAGCACCACAGCCUGCAAACGUGCACCGCAAGGAGUGUUAGGAACUAAAUGUCACAACCUAAGUCUGGCUCAGCCGUUGUUGCGUUCUGAGCAGGGUCGGUGCAUAUGGGUAGGUCUGCAAGUGUCUCUUUGCCAAGUUUAUGUCUCUUUUCAAAUCUGGCGAGGGAAUUAAAACACAAUUGACCUCUUUUUAAAUGCUCAGAUGAGGGGUGAAUGUGCUCUUUUACUCUGUAUGAAAGUCGCUAAUCUAUGUAUUCUUAAGCACACAUUGAUAAAUUAUAAAUGGGUUGUACUUGUAUAGCGCUUUUCUACCUUCAAGGUACUCAAAGCACUUUAACACUAUUUCCACAUUCACCCAUUCACACACUGAUGGCGGGUGCUGCCAUGCAAGGCCCUAACCACGACCCAUCAGGAGCAAGGGUGAAGUGUCUUGCUCAAGGACACAACGGAUGGCAGAAGCUGGGGAUCGAACCAGGAACCCUUAACUUGCAGGCACGCCUGCUCUAUCAACCGAGCCAUGCCGUUUGAUGUCAAACAGGACUAGGGAUGGGUACUCAAUCCCGGCCGUCCUACUUGGCAAAAAUUCACAUAAAGCCCAACGGUGCCAUGUUUCGAUACCCGGGUUGCACGUGACGUCACGCCCAGUUGCGGACUCGGUUGUCUCUUUGCGCUUCGACACUUGGCGAUCACUACAGCAGCACUGAGGGCGGACUUAGUCAAACUACCAGUAUGUAAUGUUGCAAUUUUCAACGCCUUCAAAGUAAUUGACUAAAAAAACCUGCUCCAAUGUAAGUAAAGUAAGGCUGCGCUCUUCCAAUCCUAAUAUAAAUUGGCUCUGCUUUUGACGAUUUUACAUGGCGAUCUCAACACCUCCUAACUUGUUAAUGGACGCAACAACUAAGAUGCAAGUUAAAAUCAAACAGCUGCUGCGUAAUAAGUACAACAAUUACAGUAUUAACACUCUGGGGUGCAACAAAAAAAUUAAACGCACCAUAAACUAUACGCGACUGCCAUCAAACAUCCUGGACUUGCAACCGUCAUUGCAACAUACUCAGAAAUUGGAUAUAAUCAGCACAUUUGCAAAUGUUACAAUACAAAUGUCAUUUCAUUAUCAAAAACAAUUAAUAUUUAUUAACACAGACAAAGGUGCCGGUAUAGAUUCCCAGGUACCGGGAAUUGGUAACACAUCAUGUAAAUGGUACCCAUCCCUAAACAAGACUAUAGUGGAGCUGUUCACAUCUCCACACAAACAUUCUUUAAAUUAGUAUCCCCCCCUCCUCAAAACAUGUUCAUAUUGCAACGUUAGCUUUUUUUGUUGUUGCUUUUUUUUUUGCUCUCAAAUGAAAUGGGCACUACUGUUGCAUUAAGUGAGGACUUACUUUUGAGUUUGGUUCCCUCUAGUGUACAUACGCCAGACAUGCCCUUUGCAUGCACAGUAUACAAAUGUAUGAAUAAUAUAUAGUAAUCCCUUAGUAUGAUGCAGUGCAACAACCACAAUAAUGAACAAAUUGUUCAAUUAAGCCCACCCCCCAACUUGUAUCUUUGCAAAUGUUUUUGUAUUAGAUCUGAUUGAAUUGUGCAUAUUAAUGCGACUGUAAAUAUAUGUUUCGCACUAAUGUGAGGAGCAUUAAAAGAGUGUUGCUAUUUGGAGAGUAUGUGUGUGUGUGUGUGUGUGUGUGUGUGUAAUCUAUUUGGUGCUUUGACAUGUUCUCAACUUCUGGCUGCCAUCCAGGAAGAGAAAAUGUGCAGGAAGGAGAUUUUAGUGAAGGGGUGCCGCUCAUCAUUCUAAUUUAUGACAGACCUUUGUGUGUAAACCUCACUGUGCAAUAAAUCUGUACGUGAGUUAACAAA